AUAACAGUGACACUAUAAUAGUGAUAUUUGCAUGGAUGUUUACCUUGGAACAAGUGAGCCAACAGUGGGCAUGCACGGACCAAUAACCAGAAAGCGUAGUGAGGACGUGCGCGAUCCCGAUGGCAGCCAACGCCAGGAGGCCUGCCUCCGGAUACUCCGAGGCGCCGUACACUCCCAACCACACGUACAUCCAACCCGGGUAGAGAACAGUCAGGAACGGGAGGAUGGUGCCGUGUAACAGCCGAGGCCUUCGCCUGUAGAGCGUCACCGAGCUCACCAGCUCGUCGCCGGUGCCAUUGUCAUGCUGAUUGUUGCUCACGGAGGGGGCCAUUUGUAUAUCGCCGUCUGCCGUCAUAUCGCCUGCUAUUUUGGCGUGGUUCAUGUUGCUCUGCUCACCCCUUGCCCCCCUCUAUCAUCCACCGCAGCGCCGUCGUGCUGGAACCGUUAAAAUGCUGUUUUUACCCGCAGAACGUUGUCGAGUCCAACCGACAGAACCCUUCAGUCGAAUCCUUCGUCCACUGACUGCCACUUCCGCAUACGCUGCUUUCAAUAUCACAGCAAGGUACUGCCAUAAAGAAAUGGAAGCAUACGGAUCAUGUGUGGCCUCCAAUCCAUCAACAUGGCAGGAGACGUGUCAUGAAUUGAAAAUGAAGGUUGCACAGUGUACAUCAUCACAUCCAGUGAUCCAGAAGAUCAGAGAAGAUUGUUCGAAGGAGUUUGUGGAGUUUGAGAAGUGUCUCAGGGAAAACCAGGGAACGCCUGCUUCCUGCUCAGCCCAUGUGGCUCGCUUUUUAGGCUGUGCAGAGACGGUGGACCUCAAUGGAGUGGGUAAAAAUCCAGUAUCGGUGCCAUCAUAGCAUUCAAGCAUCAUUUUUUGACACGUUAUUUGCAAAAACAACUCAGAAAAAUUUGAUUUCCCUGACAUACUUGUGAGUUUGUGUAGACUUUGUAAUAAAUUUGACGUUGAUUAAAA